UUGGCCUACACAAAGAAGCCUGGGUUUACACUGGGACAUAAAAACAGAUACCUUCACUUUCAAAGUCGCAACAAACAACCAGCCUUAUACUCAUCGUGGAGUGCUCUCUGUCACGAAUAGCCUCUACGAUCCUUUGGGUUUUGUGGCACCAGUGACAAUCCAGGGCAGAGCAUUGGUACGUGAGCUGACCAAAGAGGUACAUGACUGGGACAGAGUCCUUCCUGAAGGAAAAAGAUACAAGUGGGAAGAAUGGAAAAUCUCACUUCAAAAGCUAAGUAACCUUCACAUCUCACGCACAUAUUUACAACUUUCAUUUUUUAACACUUCACACACUGAACUAUGUGUCUUUUCUGAUGCCUCGAACUGGGCCAUAGGGGCAGUGGCCUACCUUCGAGCUCUAAAUGAGGAAGGCGAGGUUAAAGUGGGAUUUGUGCUGGGAAAGGCAAAGCUGGCGCCAUGUCCCGAGCCUUCAAUUCCCCGCCUGGAGCUGUGCGGAGCUGUGCUGGCUGUGGAGAUGGCUGAACACAUUCUCGACGAUCUAGACCACAAGCCGAAUGAUGUGAGAUUCUUCUGUGACAGCAAGGUGGUUUUAGGAUAUAUCCACAAUGAGUCCCGGCGCUUCUUUGUUUAUGUGCACAACCGUGUUCAGCGGAUACGUCAGUCAACUUCUCCAGGACCCAACUUCCUCUAUGAACCGUCCCAAGCACAGCAGCAUGAGGUCUUCGAACUAGUGAAUCCUAAAACAGACGCAGAAGUCAGACCUUAUGUAACAAGCUUUUUUACUCAAGUUGAAGACGGCCUCUUCUCAGACCGAUUUCAGCGCUUUUCCACCUGGGAAUCUCUGUUGAGGGCGCAUUCCUUUCUAAUUCAUCAAGCACGCUCCCUCACAUCAAGCCCCAACGUCACAUCCCACAAAUGUAAAGGAUGGCAUCAAUGCAGUGAAAUACGUACGCCCGAAGAGCAGAAAGCAGCAAAGAAACUAAUACUUCUGCACACCCAGAAAGACCUGUAUCCACAGGAGUAUACUGCUCUGCAGAAGGAGGAACAAGUUUCCAAUUCAAGCAUGCUGUGGAAACUCGACCCCUACAUCGAUGACGGUCUCAUGAGGGUCGGAGGACUUCUGAGACAUGCUUCUCUAGAUUCAGAGCUGAAGAAUCCCAUCAUCCUUCCUAAACAAUGUCAUGUUGCCCAGCUGUUGGUAAAUUACUACCACUCCAAAGUGCACCAUCAAGGCAGACAGUUCACGGAGGGAGCAAUCCGUUCAGCUGGUUUGUGGAUUGUAGGUGGAAAAAGGUUGAUAAGCUCUAUCCUGCAUCGUUGUGUGAUAUGUCGAAGACUCCGGGGAAAGCAGGAAGUACAGAAGAUGGCAGAUCUUCCGCCUGAGCGCCUCAGUUCAUCUCCUCCGUUUACAUACGUGGGGUUGGAUGUGUUCGGCCCAUGGACAGUGGUCUCUCGACGCACCAGAGGUGGUGUAGCUGAAAACAAGAGGUGGGCAAUACUCUUCACCUGUAUGAGUAUACGUGCAGUACAUAUAGAAGUCAUUGAGUCUUUGAACACUGGGAGCUGUAUCAAUGCUCUGCGCAGGUUUUUUGCUGUGAGAGGACCAGCAAAACAGCUCAGUUCGGACCGAGGAACCAAUUUCAUUGGGGCCAGCCAAGAACUGGGCAUGCAGGCUACAAGAGAGGACCAGACAUGUCUUCUGAAAUAUCUUCAUGAGAAUGGGUGUACGUGGGAAUUCAAUCCUCCUCAUGCUUCCCACAUGGGAGGAGCAUGGGAACGCAUGAUUGGCGUAACCCGCAGGAUUCUGGAUGGUAUGCUGUUACAAAUGUAUCAUAACCACUUGACUCAUGAGGUACUGUGCACUCUGAUGGCAGAGGUGUCAGCAAUCAUCAAUGCUAGACCUCUGGUUCCUGUUUCAUCAGAUCCCUGUUCUCCAUACAUUCUCACGCCGGCAAUGCUCUUAACCCAAAAAUCAGAGGCAGCAUUUCCGAUUGAAGACUACACUGAGAAAGACCUCCUGAAAAGUCAGUGGAGACGAGUGCAGGCAUUGGCCAAUGAGUUCUGGAGUAGAUGGCGAAAAGAAUACAUCAGUACACUCCAACCUCGACGCAAGUGGCACGUGACUCACCGAAACCUAGUCUUUGGAGAUGUUGUACUGUUGAAACAAGCUCAGUUCCCAAGAAAUGACUGGCCUUUGGGCUUAAUUUCAUCUGUCUUCCCAAGUAGUGAUGGGAAAGUCCGCAAGGUAGAGGUUAGGACAACCUCAGGUGGUAACGUAAAAACAUUCUUACGGCCCAUUUCUGAUGUGAUCUUACUGCUAGCCAAAGAGGACUAAAAUUCAAAGACCUUUAUAGUGGCAUUGGUAAUGCCAGACGGGGAGUGUUCUGCCUCUGUUAGAGGCUAUGUAUAAGUUAUGAUUGAUAUUUGCAUAUGUUUAUACGAAUAAAAUAUGCACAAUUAAUGUUCUGAGUACAUUACGUUAACCUGCUGAUGUUAUGUUAAUUCCCGUGCGCAGACUUUUAUUAUGACAUGGUUCUGUGAGCAAAGCACGUUGGGUAACGGGAAGUAGCGAACGCAGGGUGCAGCGAGCUCUCUACAAGCGUUAUAUUGUAUCUGAUUAUCCUUCUUCCAAACCCUGUCGGAAGCAAUGACUGUAAGUUUAUUAAUAUCAUCCAUUUGUGUAGUGUAUAUAACUAUGAGUAUUUUCAGUUUAUAUGUGAACUGACCACGAUGUUUAUGUUGUUAACGAUCGGUGCUAAUGCGCUAAAUUGAUAAGGUGAUAUGUUUCUACCUUACGAUGUUAGCAGGCUAUUUGUAUAUUUCAGCUUGUUGUACUGUUAUUAAGUAUGAUGUCAUUAGAACGUUAAUACAUUUCUAUUUUCUUACAUUUAUUUACAGUUUACUCAGUUCAAUGGCUAUUGAGUUUGUUUAUGUAAACCAUACAUUGGAUCAUUAAAGGAGCAAGACGCUCAUAUCCUGGCUCUUGAACGGAGUUUGGCUUGCUGUUUAUUUAUAUUACACGCUUAAAGAAGCAAAACAUA